UACCGAAGGAGAGGAAAAUAUAAAACCACCCAACGUAAAAUGCUAAGGUUUGAUUUCUCGCCCGCAACUACAUUCAACCUCUACUUACCUACAGGCUGCCACACCAACCUGACCUGGCCUGCCUGAGUUCAUUCAUACUACGUGCGGUAAAGUGCUAAGCGCCUCCGUCUCCUAGCCACCUCCUUGUUGAGAAUCUGGGUUUCCUCGGAGAGUUAGCCGGCCUAAUUUUAUACCUACCUACCUACUUUGUUCAACCCACGGGUUUGUGGCUCGGACGGGGAGGAGCAGGUUAAGUUAGAAGACUCAAGCGCGAGUGUGUGCAUGUCUGGAGGCGGCGCCCGCUCGUGGUCGGAAUUCGUUGGCGUAGUAAAUCAUUAGCCAGGUUCGACAGGCUGUCCUCGGGCGGCGUGACGCGGGCAUUUGCCGAUAUAGGUAUAUACUAGGGUGUAGCAGAGGGUCUAACAGCCGCAGUCUCGCAGUGGGCGAUUGCGCGUAUCUUCGUAAAGAGGGCUUGCUGGCGGGCAGGCUGUUGGCCAGCGAGCGAAGGCGACGGAAGAAGAAGGAAGGUCGCCGCGAGGCCGAGACGAAAGAGGGACAGCCACGGAGGCGGGAAGAAGGAGGAGGAGGAGGGAAGAGGGAGAGGAGGAAGAGGAGGGGGGGGGAUACAAUAAAAAAGAGGAAAGCUUAAGGUGCCGGUGCGGUAGCUAAAACUGAAACCGAGGAAGCAUGGCAAAGCAAGGAACGAUGGAGGGACAGAAAUUCUCAGGUUACAUGUCGAGUCUCUGGCACGCGCUGUUUGCGCCUUUCCUCCUCCUCUUCACCCGCAUCUCUCGCUUCACCUCCGCCCGUCAAGGCCCUCGUCAGGACGCCCGUGAAAGCAGCUAUUCGCCUAGCCAACCGCGGCCACCUCACCAACCACACCCGCCCCGUCCUCCCCAGCAAACAUCGCCUUCCACCCACCUGACGCAGCCCGCUCCAGACCCCUCCCCCUCCCCCUCCCCCUCCUCUAUACCCCCAUCGACGUCCAAUCCUACCAUCUCGCAGUCCCCCCCCGGCGACAGCGCCUUUGUGGAUCUUGAGCAAGGCCGGCACUCUAUAUCCCGACACUAUCCCCGAGAAGACGACGACAGCGACUACUGUGACUGCGGUGACGACAGCGACGGCGACGGCAGCAUGGCCUCAUCUAAGAAGAAGCGCGGCGGCCAGAAGCGAGGCGGCCCCAACAGCAACGGACCUCGGCCCAUCGCCCCCCAUGCUCCACCUGCCGACGCUCCCAACGCCUCAGCAAACACAGCUCAUGCUAGCCACUGUCGGAUAUCAACUCCAGCCUCCACAGGUGUAGUCCAGCCAGGCCAGCCAGGCCAGCCAGCCCAAGCCGGCCGUGUGCCUGCUACGAGUCAGGGCGACAAUAACGGCACCGCUCCCCCCACCAAGAAUCGGAAGCGGUCCCGGUCUCGAAAGACGGGCCGGAAUAGGGGUUCGUCGCCUCCAAAACCCGCCCUCGACCCCCUCUCGGUAGCAGGAAAGGCUCGGAACCAGAAGACGGGUCCCGGCAGCCCACAUACUACCACGGAACCUAGCACCACCAGUAAGGCUGGCGCGGAGGGUACAUGCCAAAGCAAGCAGGUCGACAAGAUCUGCACCGAGACGGCCCGUCUGACUCUUGACGACAUUACCGGCAUGGCAGGUGUCCCAGUCCCAACCCGACCGGAGGUUGAUACUACGCAGGCCGUCCCCGACGCCCGAGCGGUAUCAGCACCUGUCCCCGUCGCCGUUGCCCUUCCGCUUACUCGCGCGCCCGUCAGUAGACGCUCGCACAAUGACCAGGCGCCUACCCUACCUGGGUUGAUCGAACCCAAGACGGACGAGGAACGAGCCGAACGAGCAUAUCACCUUAAAUUUAUGCAAGAGGCGCUUGAUAUGGGCAACCUAGCUUUGAAUACCAACGAAACGCCUGUGGGUUGUGUUCUAGUGUGCCGUGGAAGGGUUGUCGCCAGAGGAAUGAACGCCACCAAUGUUACCCGGAAUGGUACUCGCCAUGCCGAGUUUAUGGCGUUGUCUGCUCUGCUUUCCCGGAAGGAACCGCACGAUGCUGGAAAAAACCACGUUAGCCCAAAUCUGGACGAUGCCAGCUGGGGUGAGGUAGAUCCACGGGACGGCCAUAUCUAUCCUUAUGGUCAGAAGCUCCACCCCGCUCCCGUGGUCGACCGCUCCAUACUAUCCGAGUGCGUUCUCUACGUCACUGUCGAGCCUUGCGUCAUGUGCGCCUCGCUUCUCCGCCAACUAGGCAUCAAGAAGGUCUACUUCGGCGCCGUGAAUGACAAAUUUGGUGGGACAGGAGGGGUGUUUAGGAUUCACAUGAACUCCAAACCUGUCCCCAGACCGUCGGAUCGCCCUUACCAGAAUGGAUACGGCCCUCACGAUGUCGGUCGUAUCGUCAGGGGCCGCGCAACGGUUCUUCCGCGGGAUGAGGACGACGGUGAUGGAGGGAACGUAGAACCCGGCUAUCCUGUCGAGGGCGGCUAUCUCCGUAACGAGGCAGUUUCGCUUCUUCGACGUUUCUAUGUGCAGGAGAACGGCCGAGCCCCACAGCCUCGCAAGAAAGAGGGUAGGGCCGCUCGCCUGUUUGCCAUGGAAAACUCGGCGAAGAAUGGGGCCUGCCCACCCGAACUUUCGGACGCCGGUGCGCUUGCCGCUACGCCUGCGAUGGAUUCCGAGACGCCAGCCGCAGACGGCGAAAACGGAGAGGGGACCGACAACUCUGCAGCUGUAUGAACCGGCUGUGCUGACCGCGCGUUACUGACACGUUUCGAGUUAUUCUCCCUUCCCACCACUCUUUCUCGAUCACAACGUGGAUACCCUGUGGCAGUACCGCGAUAGACUUGGCAUCAUCAUACCCCCCUAGUUUUACGUGAACGAGAGGUUUGCCUACCUGGAGUUCCUGGAAAGUUUUUGCCUCUUCUUUUUCCACGAAGGGGAAAGAAAUACCACGAAUUAAGUCAUUACAGUUACGGAAUUUGACACCUAGAAGAUUCAAUGGCCAAGUACCGGCCAGCCUCGCGGCAAGUCAAGUGCCUAUUUAGACUUGAGGGCAUGUUUUCUUUCUUAUUCGUCGUCUUCUCUCCUCCCCUCCUUUACUCGAUGGGUUGUCGAUCUGGGCAGGUUCAUACACGGAAUCGGCAUCAGUGAGACAGGGCAAGUCCGCCUUGCGUUUCUAGGAUCAUCAUCUCCUGACCAGGCACCGCACGAGGGAGACGGGCCUUUUCUGUUUUCGUGACGUGCCCUCGGUGUUGAUGCGUAGCACACGGCGUUACAAGGGCUUUAUUUCUGGUCUUGCGCAGGAAUCAGGGGUGCGAGGGCGUACUCCCAGAUGAAUUAGUGCUUGCUUAUUUCUCCGGUCUGUCUGGCGUGGCGGGCGGCGUUCCCACCCUCGGCAUGUCUACUACAUGUCUACUACCAGUUACACGUAGACUCGAUAGCCUCAGGCCAUCAUGAAUCGACUCGCUUACGCAUAUCUGA